AUGUGGACGACGAUGCUAGUGUGGACGGUCGCGGUAGUGCUUUUGCCGUCACCUCGUACAGUGCAUGCUUCGGGGGUGUUUGAGCUGAGACUCAAGUCCUUCAUCAACGAGUACGGGAAAGACAACACGGGGAAAUGCUGCUCGGGAAUGACUUCCAAGACCAGCAAUGAGUGCAUUGGAACCUGUCAGACCAGGUUCAGGAUUUGUUUGAAGCAGUACCAGGCGAAGAUCGACACCACGACCCCCUGUACUUACGGGGACGAGGUGACACCCAUUCUCGGGGGCAAUGUUGUUAAUCUCAGCCCUGAUGUCUCUACUCCCAGAGGCUUCACCAACCCCAUUAGAUUUUUCUUCAAUUUUUCCUGGCCGGGAACAUUCUCGCUGAUUAUCGAGGCGUACCAUGACGCCAACAACGCGACUCAUUCGUCUGAAAAAGUCCUCAUAUCGAGGUUGACGACCCAGAGAUGGGUCGACGUCGGGACAGACUGGCUCGAGGAUGUGCACACAAGCGCCCAUGCGCGGAUGGUCUACGAGUACAGAGUUAUCUGCAGCACCAACUACUACGGCAAGGGAUGCGAAAAUAUCUGCACAGCUCACGACGACAUUUUCGGACACUACACCUGUAGUUCUACUGGGAAGAAAGUCUGUCUCUCGGGAUGGAAGGGCGAAUACUGCAACACCCGAGCAUUUUGCGACGAGUGCGUGCGCUACCCGGGUUGUAUCCACGGAACCUGCCAGCAGCCAUGGAAGUGUGACUGCAAGGAAGGCUGGGGCGGGUUAUUCUGUAACCAAGAUCUAAACUACUGCACAAAUCACAAGCCAUGCCUAAACGGGGGCACCUGCUUCAACACAGGCCAAGGCUCCUACACCUGCUCGUGCGCGCGUGGCUUUACAGGAACAGAGUGCCAGACAUCUCUCUCGGACUGUCAUUCCCAACCUUGCAUGAACGGCGGAGUCUGUACAAUGACAGGCAACGGCACCAAGAACUACCAAUGCACAUGUCCGCCAUCUUACCGCGGGCGCCAUUGCGAGCAAAGCUCUCGUUCCUGCAAAGAGUCCCCCUGCAAGCACGGCGGCACCUGCGUCGACGACUCCAAGGGGUAUAUCUGCCAGUGUCCUCCAGGAUACACCGGACCCGACUGCGACACGAAGAUCAACGAGUGUUCCCCGAACCCUUGCGUCAACGGCGGAACCUGUUCCGAGACACCGAACAGCUAUCAGUGCACCUGUCCCACCGGUUUCACAGGUCAGCGCUGCGAGGUGAACGUGGAUGAUUGCCAGGGUGAUCCGUGUCUCAACGGCGGCACCUGCAUCGACAUGGUCAACCGGUUCCGCUGCCAGUGCGUUCCAGGAUUCGUCGGGCUGCUGUGCCAAGACAAGGUCGACUACUGCCUAGCCAAGCCUUGCGCCAAUGGCGGGAAGUGCAUCACCGGAACCAACGACUACAAGUGCAUCUGCAAGCCUGGCUUCGCCGGGAAGGACUGCAGCGUUGACGUCGACGAGUGCAGCAGCGCCCCCUGUCGGAACGGCGGAACCUGCGAGAACAGAGUGAAUGGGUUCUUCUGUGAUUGCAAAUCCGGGUUCCGCGGCGACACCUGCAGCGAACCUGACACUGGGCUUCUUGUUCCCAGGCCUUCAACCUCUAUUACCAGGAACUCUGGUGUUCCUCCGCCCUCUGGCGCCAGUUACUGGUCAGGGAACCUCUCGCGGCCGUCCGCCGAAGCUCGGGACGCCGGAUUAACCACAGAACACGUGGUAGUGAUCGCUACCUUAUCAACCGCGGUUCCCGCGUUUGUUCUCGUGGCGGCGCUGGCUGUCAUGUGCAUGAAGCGCCGCCAGAAAAGGGAACAGGCGCGGGCAGACGAAGAAGCUCGGCUGCAAAACGAACGGAACGCUGUUCACAGCAGCCUGAGCAAGCGCGCCAACGGCAAUUCCAACUCGGGAGUCAAUAUGGUUGGACACCAGCCGGGGCUAAUUGGCGUUCCCAAUGGUCAUAGUUCCAUUAGCAUCAACGGUGGUGGCAGCAGUGUCUGUUCUCUUGGCGCCGGGGAUUCCCAUAUGAUUAAGAACACCUGGACUGCCAGCAAAAGUGUCAACAAUGCCAGUAUCACUAGGGAUGAUUUAGAUUCGUCCUUUCAGACAGAUGGCGGGCUGGACAUCACUUGUGGGUACAAACCCGAGCCGAUUUUGUCAGACCCGGGGAGGUCGAGGACGCCCAAGCAGCUCAACACCGAGGCGGCUGCGCAUCGUGCUUCUCAUCACUUUCAGAAAGACAAAGACAUUAGUGUUGUUGGUGUGUUGGAGGGCAAGAGGACGUCCAUGUUCUCCAGUGCGUCGGACUCGUGUUGCAACGCGGAGGCCGCUUUGCUAAAAAGGCCCGCGAUACAAGACAGUGCGGGUGGGGGGUGUGGUGGUGCUUCUGAUGGUAGUUGCGGGGUCUACGUUAUCGACGAUCAUUAUAGACAUGACGCGACACUAGCGGCGACUCUCGCUACUGAAGUUUAG